AUGCCUGUGAGUGGUGGUUCUCAAAGCUCAGCGAGGGUGAGGGACUUGCCUGGACCUCGAGUGAGCAGCAGAGUUGGGGCUGGGGCUCUGCCGGGCGAGGGGUCAGCCACGCUCCUCCCUGUGCAGCGCCUCGUCGUGCAGAAUGUCAUCUAUGUGCGGGGCUGCACCAACGCUGUGCUCAUCUGGUUCAUGGACAACUACACCAUCAUGGCGGGCCUCCUGCUGGGCAUCCUGCUCCCCCAGUUCCUGGGGGUGCUGCUGACAUUCCUGUACAUCACCCGGGUGGAGGACAUCAUCAUGGAGCACUCUGUCACUGAUGGACUCUUGGGGCCCGGCGCCAAGCCCAGCGUGGAGGCGGCAGGCACAGGAUGCUGCAUGUGCUACCCCAAUUAGCGCCCCCGUCUGGACCGUGCCGGGAGCGCACCGCUCAGACCACAGCACGGGGGGCUGGACAGGACUGUGGAUCCUCUCCCCACACUUGGCACUGACCAAAACCCUGGCUGUGUUUGCUCCGGUGGCCUGUUCAGGACUCCCUCGGCCACCGUCCCUCUGGGGAGCGGAGCCCUUCCCCAGCUCUGGGGUCCUGUGCCUGCCCACCCUCCUCAGCGUGGGGAACAAGGGCGCCCCUUCUCCAGGCCCAGGCCGCCGCGGAAGGGGGUGCUCAGCGCUCAGCUCAGGGCCCGUUUAAUUUCUGGCAAUGCCAUGGCCUGUGGUGUUUAUGCCCCUUUGAGGACAAUUUUGUAGUAAUUCGUAAGCGAGGACGGAGGAGACCGUGUGUGCCGUGUGGGGGCAGGGAUGUGGCCCCCAGGGCCCCGGAGUCCCUCAGCCACGCCCCAGAGGCCAGAUUGGGCUCAUAUCACAGCCUCAAGGGACCUUGAGCCUUCCCCAAGGCUGCUGCUUUGCUGACCCCAUUUUCUACGUGAUUUUGUAACAUUCAUUUUGUACACAGUUAACAGGAGUUUCUGACUAAUCAAAGCUGGGUGUUUCCCCACACACCCCACUCUUGCCUUUCCAAGCCAGGUUAUUAAUCAAACAAUAAAGAUGUGAUUUUUUUUUUUAA